AUUGCCGCAGCCUAAAUAUCGUCGGCCCAAAAUCACCAAAACAAAGAAAGUCCCCUGAGGCCCUGAUAUCUGCUCUUACCCUCUACGCCCUACGGGUUUCCCUUCUUCUUCCUCAUCUUUGGCAGCACAAAAACUCUUUUUAGUCGACUCCACAACCGCCGCAUUUUAUCAGCUAUCCAAGUUUCUAGAAAGUUCCCCAUGAUUAAGAGAUAUUGCGCAAUUCGGAGUUAUGCAGCCACAUAUUUUCCAUACACUUCCAUUAGUGGUUGCGAUUUACGUACAGUUGGAUCAUUGAUACAUUUUAGAAAGGUUAGAAGAGCCUGUACGAUGGUUUCUCUGCAGCCAAAAUCUAAUGGGUGUGAGAUGCACUUCAACAGUUUUCUAGGACUUGGCCAAUUAAAAAGGAGUAGCAUGUGCUCUUUGCCAAUACAUGGGUUUACCUGUCAUCUCUUACCUUCAAAUUCUAGUAUUGCAAGUAGUACUAGACUUAAUUAUGUGACAUGUGCUAAGAGGAUGUUCUCUACAAAUACAUUUCCAGAAAUAGAUCUUAGUGGUACUAGCACUAGUGAGUUUGUGCUUGUAAGAGAUGAAAAGCAGGAGCCAAAAGCUGAAACAAAACAAAAGCCAAGAUCACGAACCAAGAAGAAAAAAGAAGUGCCUUCUGGUUCAUUGUCUUCUGCUGAUGUUAUUCUGUCAAAAGGUUCUAAAAAAGUUAAAAGGCCAAAUGGCCUGUUACCAGAGAAUGCCGAGAAUAGCUCAAUUGUGGAUAUCACUGGGGAAGAAGUUGCCAUAUCUGGCUCACCACAAGCUGUACCUAAGAAAAAAGUCUCAAAAUCCAGAAAGAAGUCCGCAUCAGUUAAAGAAAAUGAUUUAGAGGUGAAUAUCAAUGGUGCCUUACAUAAACCUGAAAAGGUGGAGGAGGAGGUAGCUGAUACCUGUAAAGCACCCCAGAAACCCAAGCCUCAGAAAGUUAAUGGGAUCAAGUCUAUUAAGUUGAAGCCGUUGUACCCUCCUACAGGAAAAUCUGUAUUAGUGGUAGAGUCUGUCACUAAAGCAAAGGUUAUUCAGCAGUACCUUGGUGACAGGUACGAAGUUCUACCAAGUUAUGGCCACGUAAGGGACUUGGCUUCUAGGUCAGGAUCUGUACGUCCUGACGAUGACUUUAGUAUGGUAUGGGAAGUUCCAUCCUCUGCUUGGACUCAUCUAAAGAGUAUAAAGGUUGCAAUUAGUGGCGCAGAUAAUCUUAUUCUUGCAUCAGAUCCUGAUCGAGAAGGAGAGGCCAUUGCUUGGCACAUAAUUGAGAUGUUGCAGCAACAGAAAGCUUUGCGUGAAGAUUUAACAAUUGCUAGGGUUGUUUUUCAAGAAAUUACAGAGUCAGCCAUUAAAAAUGCUCUUCAAACUCCUAGAGAUAUUGAUGUUAAUUUGGUCCACGCUUAUCUUGCUCGUCGUGCACUUGAUUAUUUGAUUGGAUUCAACAUUUCCCCUUUGCUUUGGAGAAAGCUACCUGGCUGUCAAUCUGCUGGACGAGUACAAUCAGCUGCCCUUUCUCUUAUAUGUGACAGAGAAUUAGAAAUUGAGGAAUUCAAACCACAAGAGUAUUGGAGUGUGGAAGCCACAUUCAGCUCCAGUGCAGCAUCAUCACCAAACAAAUCUUCUCUGCGGUCAUAUCUGACUCAUUUUGGUAAAAAUAAAUUGAAUCAGUUUUCCAUUGGCUCAGCAACUGAGGCAAAGAAUAUUGAGCAGAUUGUGAGCUCGUCUGAUUUCAAGGUCACUGCUGCUAAGAAAACAAAAGUGAACAAAAACCCUCCCACUCCCUAUAUAACAUCAACCCUCCAGCAAGAUGCAGCAAAUAAGUUAAAAUUUUCUGCUUCCUAUACAAUGAAGCUGGCUCAGAAAUUGUACGAGGGGAUCAUGUUAACAGAUGGCAAGGUGGCUGGUUUAAUAACCUACAUGCGGACUGAUGGUUUACACAUGUCUGAUGAUGCAGUGAAGGAAAUAUGCUCUUUGGUACGAGAGCGUUAUGGUUCGGAGUUUGCUGUAAAAAGUCCUCGAAAGUUUUUAAAAAAGGUGAAGAAUGCCCAAGAGGCACAUGAAGCCAUUAGACCUACAGAUAUACAUAGGCUACCAUCAAUGCUUGGUAAUGCUGUUGAUGAAGAUUCUUCAAAAUUAUACACUUUGAUUUGGGCUCGAACAAUGGCCUGUCAAAUGGAAGCUGCACGAGUUGAUCAGAUACAACUUGAUAUUGGAAAUGAUAAUGGGUCCAUUUCCUUUCGCGCUGCUUGUUCUGCAGUUGAGUUUCCUGGAUACAGAUCAGUAUAUGAAGAUAUAGAAACUCGAUCUAUUGGAGAAAGUAACAAUGAACCUAAUGAUCGCGAAGUACUUUACAAGAUCCUCAGUAAUCUAAAACCGAAAGAUCUUUUGUGUCUUGGGAAUGUGGAAUCACGUCAACACCAUACUCAGCCUCCACCACGCUACUCUGAGGCAUCAUUAGUGAAGAAGAUGGAAGAGCUGGGAAUUGGAAGGCCUUCAACGUAUGCAGCCACACUAAAAGUUUUACAAGGCAGGAAAUAUGUAACAGCAAAAAACAGAGUGCUAUACCCUGAAUUUCGUGGUCGUAUGGUCUCAGCCUUUCUCUCCCAGUAUUUUAAUGAGGUGACAGACUAUAGUUUUACUGCUGACAUGGAGACUGAGCUUGACAAUAUUUCUGCUGGAUCAACUGAAUGGAAAGGUCUCCUUAAUGAUUACUGGGGUAGGUUCAGUACUUACUGUGAUCGUGCCAGCAAAGUGCACAUCCAUCAAGUGGAGAAAAUGUUAGAAAAAACUUAUGAAAACUUCCUUUUCUCCUCACUUCCUGAAGAAAGCCGAGCAUGCCCCAUGUGUGUGGAUGGUACUCUAAUCUUCAAGGUGAGCCGAUUUGGGGCAGGGUUUUUUAUAGGUUGUGAUCAACACCCCAAAUGCAAGUAUAUAGCUAAGACAUUGUAUGGGGAAGAAGAUGAAGAUGAAGAUCCUGAAAAAAGCAUUAAUGUUGAAGAACCAAAGCUACUGGGUACUCAUCCCCAGUCCGGUGAGAAGGUUCUUUUGAAGAGCGGUCCUUAUGGGUCUUAUGUGCAGUAUGGUGAAGACAGGAAAGGAUAUUUACCCAAACGGACGUCCAUUUCUCAGGGCGUUGAUGCUAACUCAAUUACGCUGGAAGAUGCUCUUGAUUUGCUUCGCUACCCCAUCAAAGUGGGAAACCAUCCUGUAGAUGGUCAGACAAUAGAAUUAAAGAUCUCAAGAUCUGGGUUUACUAUUAGGCAUCGACGUAGCAUUGCUUCUGUGCCAAAGAACUUGUCUCCAGAAGAUAUUGAUGUGGAUAAAGCGAUAGAGUUGCUCUCGAGUACUAAUGUUCGAAGAAUUGGUCGACCAAAGGGUAGUAAAAGGCAUGAAGAAGCUGUCGAUGUUUAGAAUGGUGGUUUGAGCAACAUGCUAUAAAUUUUUUUGUCGACUACAACGAGUUAGUAGUUGAUGGUUCCAUUUCUUUCGAUCAUCCAUAGUAUCUUUUCAUUUUUGUUUCUCGGCUUUGGAUGUUUUCGUAGUUAUUGUUUAUAGAAAAUUAGGUGUUUUUUUAAAGUUAUACUUGGAGGAUCUUAUUCUUAUAAAUUUUGAUAGAGAUCUUGAGGGAACAUUGUAGCACAUUGGGUCAUAACCAAUAAAUCGCUCCAAGGAAGUGCGAAAUUUAUAAUAGUAGGUACUAGUUUUUCUGUAAUUUUUGUUACUGUCAAUUAUGUGUUAACUUAAUGGUUAAAUGUUUUUCCUUUUCUCUUAUAA